AUGUCGAACUACCAAGCCUCCUAUUGCAUCCAGGGAGAUGACCAAGCUUCUACCUGCGCAUCUUAUGGAAAUGACGACAAUCCGGACAAGUGGAGCAACUCCGCGCAGCGGUCGUCAUCGUCUCCUCCGAAGAAAUCCAAGAAAGAUGGCCGGAAGGGGAAGACUUCUCGAGGCAAGAUCACACGCAGUGAGGCUGACUUCAUGGGCAUAGGCGCUCAGUUUCACGGAUCCGGAUCCUCUGCUACAAAGUAA